AUGAAGCGCCAAUGGCUGAAGCUGGUGUUUUUUCUGCCGACUGUGCGCCAUUUCACCAGCCGAGUUCUCUCUCGGCUUUCUCGGGGCAAGCAGUUGGUCAACAAGCUCUCGCAGGCCACAUCCCCCAGAUCAUCUGCCGGAGUGACUCCGCAGCGGCACGUGCAAUGGGUGCAAGGCUGGGACUUGAUGUGGGUGCAGGAGAAGAUCAACGAGAAGAUCAUCAGGGUGACACCAAUGCCAACAGCGAUCAACUGCAGCGACAUUCGAACCAAGGUUCUCAGCAAACUCUACAGACAGAAUCGGCAAGGAGGAGUUCAUGGAGAUUGA